AUAACCGCAACGUGGCAACAGCCAGGGAUGUUUACGUAGCACUUCCCGGAGCCCCUAGCAUAUCAUUGAGAAUCGGAGCUCCAACAGUCAUCGCUGCUCCCACAACUACGGGACAUUUCCCUACCUCGCUUACGAACUCUACUGCUACUCAUCAGUCGCAGAGCCCAUGUAUUAAUGUUCAACAGCAAAUCACUCGUUCCAACGUUCAGCAAUCAUUAAGUACGAAUUCCAAUUCGAAUCCGCACGAAAACCUCAAUUUCAAUAUACCUCGGCUGAGAACACCGAACUCUAAUGUUAAUCAGCUGCUAAACCACAGUUCAAAUAUCGGGAUCCGGCCUCUGGUACCUGUUUCUGCUACCAACGUCAAUACGGUAGCGUCUUCGGGCAUUAAUAGCAACGUGGUUGUGGCAUCCGUGAGUGCAACGAAUAAUCCCUCAUUAUUGACGACACCUGUGUUGGUCAGUCGAUCGCUUUUAGUUGUUCCCGACAAUGCGAGGCCUUCUUAUUCUGGAUCCCGGCAUCCCUUCCCCUCACUAAAAUGGGCUGCGGCUGAUCAUCCCGGUGUCAUUGUAGACACUCCAUCUAAUAACGUUCCUCCUUCAUCUGUAGCUUCUAACGCGCUUUCAACAAGUUUAAGUAUUCCGUUUGUAUCAAAUAACACAAGUAUUAAUGAAAAGCUUCUAACCAAUCUCGAAAAUUCUGAUAACUAUAGCAAUUGCAGUCUAAGUGAUUUUCUAAAUCUCAACGCUUCAAAUGAUAGCCUCAACUCGUCAUUUUUAGAAUCUCUAUGUCGCUCCGUGCCGAGUGAAGGAAUUACAAUACAUUCAUCGGAUUUACCAGACAGUUUAUCUGAAACUGCAAUCCGAACGUCAUCCGUCAAUUUAUCGCAAUCUGUUACCCUACAGAGUAGUCAUCAAGGAACCCUUGGUGAAAUGUUGUGUCUUCCUCUUGGUACACCUAAUCUUUGUUCGCAAACUCCAAAUGAUUUCGACGAUAACACGGAAGGCCUACAUACUCCUAAGCAUAUAAGUGAAGGAUAUCAGAGGAAGGCCAUGUCCCCAGAGAGCAACACUCUGGACGCGAACGUUUCGUUCGGCGUGCCGUGCAGCAACAAGAUUAACAUCGUCUUGCGGAACCCUAUGCGCAAUUUGCCUGCCGAUUUCGAAGGGAAUUCAUCCACAUCAGGAAUGUUUUCCUCAAACCAAUUGCAACUUUCCGACGAUUUAUUAAAUAAAGAAGAAAUCAGCAAUAUUCUCCCGGAUUCUCCCAAAUCAAGAGGUGACCAAAAUGAGAAUAGUGUCAACGUUUUAUUGGACCCGUCUCCUACCGCCGCCGCUAUUCAGAACGUCAACAACGCGCAGUUGUCUACAAACACGUCUGUGGAAAUUCUGGGCCUUUCGUUAGACUUAGACUCAAGUACUGGUUUCUCAAGUCUGCUUUCUUCCGUGGUAGGGCCACCCUGCCCCUCCGCUGAACCAGACUCGUCUCUCCUAAACACCCCUUCUCGCUUGAAGCAUCCCACUCCCUCCAGCGGCGGGGCGGUCGGCGGCAGACCUUGCACUCCUUCUUCCCCUUCACGAUUCGUCCCCAGGGAUGACUGGUUGUCUGGGGCUGCAGACUUCUCCCUCACGGGGCUUUUUGACUCCAUCGACCCGCCACUCAAGGGCGCUCAUGAAGACCCUCAGGCCGCUGCUGAUCCCCAGCAAACGGUCGCUAUUUUGAAAAAUCCCCGAGCUCCUUCCACGACGUUGCUGGGAGUUCUCAACGAGAACGGCGUCGAUUUCACGGCAAAGUUCGACGCUCUGACAUCUUCUCAGAACGCUGAAAGCUCUCACUGAGCUCCAGCCUAAAUUGCUGUUGCUCUUUGCCUUCAAAUUUACGACUUGAGUUUAGGUAAACUAUUUUUGGAUUUUUUAUAAUUAGAUUCAUCCCGCUAAUUUGAAUAUAUUGACAGAUAUUUUUUGUACUUAUUAAUAUACUGGGCAGCUUUGCAUAUACUUGCGACACUUGUUUAAAUCGUAACGAACAAAUUUAGACCUAAGAUCUUAAAUUCAUUGUUCUGGAAUUUCUGCCACGCUUAUUGUGCAUGGUUGAGAACUUAAUUUAUUCUAAUUAACAUAGAAAAGGGUUUUCUGGCUUUACUAUAGCUCAGUUUGAUGAUUUGAAAGUUUAUUCAAUGAGUUUUGGUCUUUUCAUCAAUUAUUGUUUUGUUUUAUUAUUCAUAUCAGUGACGAUUUUGACUGAUAUUUCGAUCAAAAUUUAAGUAUGGAUUGUUGAUUCAAUGCUUGUCAUUGUUAAAAAUCCACUAAAAACUUCUAACAUAAAUGUUUCUGAUGACGAAUGUAAGUAUUGCAUUAUCAAUGCUAGCUUCCUAGAUUUUCGGAAAAGUCACCAAGUAAUCUAUUUCAUACAAUUAUAUCCAUCAUUGACAAAGUUUUUUUUAACUUCCAUAUUUAAUCAAAAUUUGUCUUGUCUCUGGCACUUACAGUGAAUUUUUUUUCUUGACAGCAGCGGGUUCUGGGAUUUAAACUCACUAGCUGUCCUGUUGCGACAAACUCGUUGAGAAAAUUCAUUAUUAUUAGUAUUUCGUGCUGGCAAAUAGUUUUUGAUAUGGUUAAAGUUUUUUCGAAGCUAAUGAGUCGUAAACGCGUGUGGAUAGUUCUACAUCGUAGCUGCUAUUUAUCACUUGAAUUGUAGUUCAUUUGAGAAACAAGUGAGAGGUUUUUCACUAGCGUAAAUUUUAAUAGCGUUAUUCAAUUUUUCGCACGCACUGAGAGUACAACAUUAGUGCCUGAGCUGGCUCAACUCUUAUAUUUUUUGAUCUGAACUGCAUGUAACAAAUAGAGAUCUCGUCAAGGCAUUCAUUUUUGAUAUUCUUUCACGCGGUAAAUGGAAGUGUUCCUCCUUUCGCCUAUUGCUUGAAAUGCAACAAAAUCACUCGUCUAAUGCAACUCAACUUAGCAAUUUAACACUAACUCAUUUGCCUUCUCAGAUUCAAAACUCCUUAAAAAUUGCAGUUCUCAUGGAUAUAAAUCACGGGUAACGUUUCCACGUAAUCAAAGGUAGCCACCAUCAAUUCAAUGGCUGCUCUUAUAUUAAUAAUUAACUGAAUUCGCGUUAAACCCUGACUAAUUCAUCGUUAUUCCGUAAACUGUUUCAAUUGGAUUGCAAGUUUUGCGGUUGAGGCCACACGUGCAAUAUUAAGCUGUUUUUAUGUGGUCACGACUCGAAACUUGUUCGCGGCGCUAAAAAAGAUACUCUUCUAAUGACAGGGUCACAGGGGUUACACAAUCAUUUUGUAUUGGUUAAAGCACGCAAUCGAGUGCAGUAAAUGAUUUGAUACACUAACAAAAACUGAAGGUUUUAUUUUGGCAAAGUUUGAUUUUCACCCAGAAGAUUAGUGCUUAGUUUUUUCACGUUAGGAUCGUGUUCAUAAUGGAACUUUUCUCUGUAUGUACAAUAUUCUCAACUGUCAGCUAUGUAGUAUUAAUUUUCGAAUGUUAAUUUGCUAUCGAUUAGGAAGUGCAUGCAAAAGAUACAAGACGAGUGUAUUCACCAUAAGAAUAAAUGUAUGGUUUUCACUAACAAGACGCUGUGGUAGAGCAAGAUUUUAAAAGCAAAUGAAACGCCAAAUAAAUUCACCAUAUCUUUAGCGGAAACGUUUCGGAGACCAGCUCCAUCGUCAGUAUUUUAGAUGUUGAAUUGUUCUUCAUUGUUGAUGCGUUUGUGGGUACUAAGUUUCAAAAGGAUUCGGUGUAAGUUACCCGUGAAUAGUAGCGUUGUUGUAAUCCCUUGCCAAUCAAGAGUCAGCCACUCAUCUUGCCAAUAAAGGAUCUAAUGCAUAUUUCAACAACUUUCCAAAUAUUUAUUUGAAUUUCCUUCAUUAAAAACAGUUUACCUAUCGUCCGUGAUCUCGAGUUUUACGUAAGUCGGUGUAGAAUUACGUUCUAGUAAUUAUGCACCUAACUCUAAACUGUUACUACAUUUCUUCUCUUUAUUGUGAAACUUCCUAUUUCGUUUUUCCUUCUGUAUCCCUCAGUAAACUACAUGCUUUCAUGUUCUCUACUCGUUCCAUAAUAUUAUUGGUAGCCACAAUCUUGUCUGUUAUCGGAAGACGUCCCGUAUAUUAUAUUCAUCAAAGGCUAGGCAUUUAUAGAACUGUGUAGUAUUAACACUCAGUAUUUUGUGCCACCACCUGAUGCAUUCAUUCUUGCAGAGCCAAGGCCUCCAUACCGUUUAUGAUCGGUAGUCUAUGAAUCUAUGCGAAAUGAAACGAUAGUUUUACUCGUAUGCAAAAAAAAAUAUUAAUUCAGAUUUUAAUCAAAUUAAUCUGCCACUCGAAAUCGUUAAUACUCCUUCCUGCGAAUCUCUGUGAGACACCAAACUGAGAUUGUCUUUGAACGUGUGUUCUGUGUUGUAUAUUUGAAAAUUCAGUCAUCACUUGCGAUAAUACAAAAAAAAAUUAUAAUUAUUUCCUUACGUUGAUUGCCAUCCCUACAAAAACUAAGCGUUGACUGCGAAUAGUAGAAAAUAGGUUCAUAACAUACACGUAAGCUCUUGUAAGAGUUGUUCUCAUAUUUCGAAACACUCGCCGUAGCAACUGUUUAACGAAUCCUUUAUAUGCUAAAUUAUCAUAUAGAAUAUAUUAUCCCUGUAUUUACAACUCACCAACCGUCUUCCUCCUACCUAUAGAUCUUAUUUACGAGCCAGUGUUUUCCCGCCUUCUUAUCACCGCUUGUUCUGCCGCAUGUAAUUCAAAGGCAAUUAUCCGCAUCUAAGCAGUUGCUACCUCGCUAGAGCUUUUUUAAGCCUAGCGAAUGACGUCAUACAAGCGUUACUAACAUAAACAUUGAAGGGCGUUCUGAAUAUGAGCGAAGUGUAGCUUAUGGGUAUAUAGUCAAUGCAUUGUUGGCCGACUCUUAUUUCUUGAAUACAAUUGAAGGCUUGAAUAAUGUUGCUAUGGGAUCAUUGUACUUGCAGCAUCGCCCGCUUGUGCUGAGACUCCAGUGAUGGCAUAGUCUUGUGACUAACUACACUCCACUCCCAGUCUUGUGACUAACUACACUCCACUCCCAGUCUUGUGACUAACUACACUCCGCUCCCAGUAUUGUGACUAACUACACUCCACUCCCUGUCUUGUGA